AUGUCGUGGCCACCUGAAGCGCGGAGAUUGACUCUCCCUCCGACCGAUCCUGACUCUUUGAGGCUUUUUGGGGAGAAUUUCAAAGCCCUUUUGACAAUCCGAGAGGAGCGCAGGGCUCAUCAAGAGGACAUAGCUUCGACUGAGGUCCUGUGGACAAGAAGAACAUACCUCGAUGCAGUUGCUGAUAACCAAAGUCUCGACGCCAACCCAGAAGAAGCUGCCAUGGACCGUGCACGUGAAGUGGUCGAUCUGACCUCCAGCACUACUCGUCAAAACCCAAUCGCCUUGUCCUCUUCUCCGCCUUUCCCAAGCCAUGCAUCCUCCUCCCAGUUCGCGCAAGAAUCGGAACGGGCUCGCAAGCGCCAACGCCAGCAUGACAAUCACCGGUACCCGCCUUCGUCUCCCGAUAUCUUUCUCGGGGCCGAAGCUAUCGAGACGAUCGACAUGACUGAAGACCCAGACGCGAACGAGCUUGCGAAAGCAGUGGCAAGGCAGCGGGAGGAUGCGAUCAAAGCCCAGCAGGCUACUGAGCCAUCUGACCGGCCCCUCAACCCGUUGAUGGCCUACAAGUGCCCUAUUUGCAUGGACACACCGGUGGAUGCAACAACUACGUCGUGUGGGCACCUGUUUUGUCACAAAUGCAUCGUGGAUUGUUUGACUUUUACCCCAGAAACGCGCGGCGACUCUAGCAAGCAGUCGAAGGGCACCUGUCCUGUGUGCCGGAAGCCGCUAUCGCACAAGGAAUCAAGCAAGAAGCAGAGCCUCAUUCCUAUUCAGUACAAAAUCCACACCAAGACCCGAAGUGAACUCGAGGCUAUUCGAAAGAAGAAACAGGAAGAGGAGGAGAAAGAGGGCGAGCAAGAGGGCGAGCAAGAGGACGAGGAAUAA